AUUUGAUCUCUUCUUAAAAACUUCCAGCGUUGGAGCAUUCACAACUGCUGGAGGCAAAUUGUCCCACUGGUGAAUUGUUCUAACAGUCAGGGAAAUUCUGCCUUAGUUCUAGGUUGCUUCUCUCCUUGUUUCCAUCCAUUGUUUGUUUUCUCGGCUUCUGGUGUUUUGGAGGAUAGGUUGACUUGACUCCCUCUACUUUGUGGCAGCCCCUCAAAUAUUGGAAGAUGCUUUCAUGACACCCAAGGAUCCUCCUUUUCAUUAAACCAGACAUCCCCAAUUCCAGGAACCGUUCUUCCUACGUUUUAACCUCCAGCCCCCUUAUCAUCUUUCUUGCUCUUCUCUGCACUCCUUACAGAGCCUCAACAUCUUUUUUUCUAACAUGGGUACCAAAAGUGGAUGCAUUAAUGUAUCCAAAGUGUGGUCUUAUUGAGGCUUUGUAAAGCAGGACUAAUACUUCAGGUGAACCAGGUAACAAGAGGUCUGUCCUUCCAAUUUUGGAGUGAGGACCGGUCAGGAGAAAGCAGCCCUUUAGAUAUUGGAAGAUGCUAUCAUGUCACCCUUGGUCCUUCUUUGCAUCAAACUAGACAUCCCCAAUUCCAGCAUCCCUUCUUCCUACGUUUUAGCCUCCAGCCUCCCUAAUCCUCUUUCUUGCUCUUCUCUGCACUCUUUCUAGCGUCUCCACGUCUUUUUUUACAUUGUGGCGGCCAAAAGUGGACGUGACAUUCCGUUGCCUCCUUUGGCUUCCUCCUUUGGCGAGCUUCGGGGAGCUCGCCCUGCGCUCGCAGAGGCGCUGCAGAGAUUGGCCGGCUCUCGCUUUUGCCACCUUCCUUCUUUUGCAAUGGGAGAGGAGGAAUUGGGGAGCCCUGCCAGCCUCUAGGCGUCCCCGAUCCCUUCCUUGGCAGAGCCCAGAGCCGCCCUCGCAACGCCCCGGGGUUGGAAGAGCUGGCUGAAGGCUCGCGAUCCUUUUCUCUCGCACGAGAAGAAACGCGAUCCUUUUCUCUCUCCCACCGGGGCACCCGCCUGCCCCAAACCCGUAUAGGAACGCCCUGCGAGGGACGGGAGGGCAAAACUUCGCCCCAGCCGCCGUGGCGGUUCCCCAGCAAGAGCCUUUGUGGAAACAGGGGAACUGCGGGGCGCUGGAGGGUGCAAAUAUGGAGGCGCCUCGGAUUGGGAACCUCUAUCUGGAAGACCCCUUGCUCCAGGGUUACCUGAGAGCCCAUCUGCCCCCCGAGGUGUUUGCCGAAGUGAACAUUGACCUGGAACGGUUCGGAGCUCGUGUGAGAGAGGAAAUUGACUUCUUGGGCCGUGAGUGUGAGCUAAACCCUCCUAGAUUAUUGCAUUUUGAUGCCUGGGGACGACGUGUGGACCAAGUGAUCACUUGCCACGCCUGGAAGAGGCUGAAGGACAUCUCUGCUGAGGAGAGUCUUGUGGCUGAAGGUUAUAAAAGGAGAUAUUCCUGUUGGAGCCGUGUUUAUCAAAUUGCCAAGGUGUAUCUUUUUAUGAACUAUUCUGCUUGCUAUGGAUGCCCUCUAGCCAUGACUGACGGAGCAGCAAAAGUAAUUGAGUCUUUAGGUAUCCCAAAACCCCUGGAAGAAGCCUAUGCGCGUUUGACAUCAGGUGACCCCAAGACAUUCUGGAUCUCCGGCCAAUGGAUGACUGAACGCAAAGGCGGCUCUGAUGUUGGAGGUGGAACAGAAACUGUUGCACGGGAACUUCCAGAUGGCUCCUACAGCCUGCACGGAUUCAAAUGGUUCACAUCAGCGGCUGAUUCAGACAUGACGCUGACCCUGGCGAGGAUCGUGGGCCCUGAUGGGCAGAUAAAACAGGGCUCCCGAGGCCUCUCGCUCUUCUACCUGAAAAUAUAUGAGGAUGGGAAGCUGAACAGCAUAAAAAUACAACGGCUGAAAGAGAAGCUGGGCACGAGGGCGUUGCCAACGGCAGAGCUGUUGCUGGAUGGAGCUCGAGCACAUCUGAUCUCUGCCGAAGGCGAGGGGAUAGCUUGCAUUGCCAACAUGUUGAAUAUCACUCGGAUCUAUAAUACCAUCUUUGCAAUUCAGAAUAUGAGAAGAAUCGUUGACCUGGCACGGGAUUACGCCACCAAAAGGGAAGCCUUUGGAAAACCCCUCAAAGAUCACCCUUUGCACAUGCAGACUCUGGCACGAAUGGAGGUGCAAAGCCAAGCAGCGUUCCUGCUGGUGAUGGAGGUGGCGAGACUGCUUGGCCUGGAAGAAACGAAGGUGGCGACGGAGCAGGAGAAGCACCUGCUGAGGCUGCUCACCCCUCUCGCUAAACUUUAUACGGCAAAGCAGGCUAUCGCUGUGGCCUCGGAAGGCCUGGAGUGUUUCGGAGGACAGGGUUUCAUGGAAGACACAGGCCUGCCUGUUAUUCUUCGGGAUAGCCAGGUACUAUCAAUCUGGGAGGGAACCACAAACAUCCUGUCCCUGGAUGUUCUGCGCUGCAUUCUCAAGAGCCAAGGAAAAGCACUGGAUGUCUUUUUCUCCACUGCCCAGGCCAAGUUGGAGGCAGCUACCCGGCAGUCUGAACUGCAGGCUUCUGUGCAAAUAAUUCAGAAUAAUCUGCAAAAACUCAAGCAGUUUGUUCGAAGAAUGGACUCAAAGGGAGAAGCUGGCUGGCAGCUGGCAGCGAGAGACUUUGCCUAUACUCUGGCAUGGAUCUAUGAAGGAGUCCUUCUACUGGAGCAUGCCGCCAGGGCUGGUGCAUCAGCCACAAACAUCUACGCUGCUCAGAGGUGGUGCCAGGAGGAUGUCUGCCUUGUGGACAGAGAAGAGAAGGCUGGUUCUUACAAUUCGACAGCAGCUUCCCUGGAUAAAUCUUUGGUUUAUGAUGGGUAUUCUUCUCUGAGAGGAAAACUGUAGCAAAGAAUUACAAAUGCGAAAGAAGCCAUCCGGUGAAGGACGUGACCUGGAUGAGAAGUGUGUCUGUAUUAUGUAUGCGUAUAAGUGAGUCUCAAAAGUUUUCUUUUCAAAACAAGUCUUGAAAGGACCCAUGUGGGCAACAUUCCCACAUUAAGCACCUCUAUUAUACGUUAAAUGAUCAGUUUAACGUACAAUAGAGGUCUUGUGGUCUGAACUCACAAACUGACCUUUUGAA